UAUUAUUAUUGCAAGGCGUCUGCUAGAGCUUAGAAGUUAGAAUUUUGAAAGUUAUAAGACUUUUUGAUUGAAAGUUGGUAUCUUGAACUUUGUUUAUUGUGCUAGUGAAAGACUUACGAGGUUAAAAUGGCACCAGCAAUAAAAGAAAAAGCUUGGUCGACAUUACAAAUAGAAAAUUUAUUGGAUGAAUAUAUGGCUAGAAAGGGUGUUAUUCUUGGUGCCUUGAGGCCGGGUUUUACCAAAUAACACAAAAAACGUGCUUGGAAAGCAAUUGUAGAAACCUUAGGACAUGCCUGCCCUGAUGAACCAUUUCAUGAUGUUAAGGAGACGAAGAAGAAAUUUGCUAACAUCAAAGCAAUAGCAACUGCUAAUAUUGCUGAAUGUAAUCGUAGUUUGAGUGAGACAGGAGGUGGCCAACAAGUAAUUCUUAAACCGUUGCAUCUUAAAAUGCUGAAUGAACUCUUUGGCCUCGUCUUUGGCAAAACCAAUGCUGUCCUUGCAGGCUCUAUUCCAGGAGGGGUGCAGUCUGAAACUCGUAUCAGUGACCCAACUCAAGAGCUUAUUGGAAGAUCCAACAAUGAAAAGGAUGCGCCGAGUAUUCACGAUUCUGAGCCCCUUCCUUCAUCAUGCUCUAAUAAUGAACACGUAGAGAUUGCAUCAGACAUAUAUCGUGAUGAUCCCGAAUUAGAAAUGGCUAUGACAAUCUGUAAUCGCAAAUCUUUUGAAGAGUUCCAAGAAGACGAAGAUGAUUACGAAGCCAAUUCCCCUACUUGUAGUUUACGUGAGGCAGUUAAUCGUUGUAAACGUCAACGAUGCGAAAAAUCUGAUAUGUCUUCAUCAAAACGUCUUGUUCGUGAUAGGCUUGACGUUCUUAAUUCCACCAUAUUAGCACGUAAACUAAUGGGUGACCCCAUUAGAGACGAUGAAAUCCCGAAGAUCUCUACGAUAUCAUGUAUGGAAAGACUAAAGAUUCAAUCUAAUACACAACAACACGUCUAAUACGUAAA